AUGGACCGCUCCUUGCUUUGCAGUGCGUUGAACGGUAUUUGGUUUGUUGACAAGGCGAUAUUGGAGUGUUUGGAUGCAAAAGAGAUCCAUAGGGCCAUGGGCAAGGAGCACCGUAUACCAGAUUACCCGGAAAUUGGAGCAUUACCGCCCCAAGUUGAGGAGAUUCUCCAGUUUGGAACUGAACAGGAGAUUGCGGAAGCGAUUGAUGAGCUGUGUACUGCAGACAUACCAUGGACAGUCAGAAGGGCGCUUAAAGUUUGGAAGCAGCUGUAA